GUAAAUCUCGCGAUACCUUGCCCCCGCUCCACCCCGCGAACUCUCUUUUCCGGCCUGAGCUCCUUGAGGGGAAAAGUCGGUUCGUCGGGGAUUUUCGCCUUUGAGCCGGCCGCUGCCUGCAGGUUGACCCGCAGUGUCAAGGAUGAGUCUACCCCAGGAGAGAAGUGCAAGCUCCAGCAGCAAGGAACCCCUUGUCAAGUGCCUUCAGGCUAAGAAGGACUUGGAGACAGCAAUUGCUGGAGUAGUCAAGGCUGAACAGCAAGUUAAAGACAACUGGAGAGAGGUGAAAGCUCAAAUUCACAGCUGCAUCAGCCGCCACCUGGAAUGCUUGCGCAGUCGUGAAGUUUGGUUGCUUGAGCAGGUGGAUCUCAUUCAGCAGCUGAAAGAGGAGGCCUUGCAACAGCAGGCCCAGCAACUCUGUUGGUUGUUGGGACAAUUUAAUUGCCUCAUCCAUCAGCUGGAGCAGCCUCACAGUAACGACCUUGCCAAUCAAAUUUCGGCAUGUUUGGAGAGACUGGGCAAUUUAACUCUCCAACCAGAAGAAAGUUCCAUCCUGAGCUUUGAGGCGAAUAUGCCAUUCCUUCGUGAGGCCAUCACAUCUUUUGGCUCAAUCUCAACAAUGCAAACCUCUGAUGAUGAAGAAGACUACACCCCAUGGAUUUCUGGGAAGAACUGCCCUGUGCCAGCCAAACUUGAGCAGCAGAAGCCUUCUUAUGGAACUGUGGAAUGCCCACUCUCUGACUGGCUUCUUGGAAGUAAACCUGACACUGCCUGCUGUGGUCCACAUGUUCCUAGCAAGAACUACGAAGACUGGCUCUUGAAAACACAUUCACCAGAGACCAACCAGGAUUUAAAGUCUCCCAAAAUGUGUUACUUGGAGCAAGCCUGGGGAAAUCUGAGAAACUUGGAGAAUUGGCUCCUGCAGAACCAACAAGAAGGAUCUCCUGAGAAAAUGGAUUCACGCCGGCGCAAAAGUUCCACCUCCACAGUUAGUUCCUCUUUUUCCAUUGAAAAGAUAGAUGAGUUGGAGCUCCUGGAGCAAGAAGAGAUGGAUCUUUCCGACUGGCUACUUACACCUUCCGAAUCGGAAAACAUGAAUGCCUUGGAGAAGUGGGAAUGUGUGUUUAAGCCCUUUAGGGAGGAAUACAGUAUCAGCGAUUGGCUCCCCAAAGCCGAUUCCUGCAACAAUUGUUGUGGCAUCCAGGCCAAAGGUAUAGAAAUAGAAAACCUUGGCAAUCUCAGGUGCCUUGGUGAGCACCUGGAAGGGAAGAAAUCGUCCACCAAUGAUGCCUGGCUUCUGCAGCCCUCUUUCAAAGUCGAAGAUGUAUGCAGAGCCAAUGAGCCAUGUUCUAGCUUUUCAGAGUGUGUGUGCGAUGGAAACUGUGAGAAGGAAGCUCUGUGCAAGUGGCUUCUUCGGAAGGAAGGCAAGGAUAAAAAUGGGGUGCCAAUAGGACAGACACCUAGCUCCAUCAUUGAGCCUGGUGAAGCUAAGCCUCCCCAUAACAUCUGGCUCUAUCCUUCUCAGCAGCUGGGGGAGGAACCGGUCCCUUCUGCAACUGAACAGGACAGUCCCGAUAUUCUAAAACCACUGAAAGAAUUUCUUGAAACCCCAUUAUCAGCCUGGCUAGCCAAACCAGAGGCCAUAGCAUUGGGUGCAGAGGACAAAGCAAGCAGGGAGAAAGCAGAAGUGAGUUGCAAGAGUUCUCUUCUGGAGUUUCUAGAACCAUUCCACCUCCCUCUUAAUGUAAACAGCUGGGUGUUGUCUUCAGCGAACACAGACUCUUCCAGUCAGCCUCCUGCAGAAGACAAAUGGCUGCAACGCAAGAAGGCACAUGACUAUGGCCUUCCUACAGUGUGUGACCUCUUUGCAUGCAUGAAGCUGAAUGGAGAGAGAGAUAAAUGGCUAUAUCAGAAUCCUCUACAGAUGUGAAAAACCUGGACUGUUUGAAGAGUUACCUUUUUGCUGAUCAUCGCACAUUUGUACUGACUGCAAUCUACUGCAUUUAUGUGGCCGAUUCAUCUGCCUCUUCCAAACUUCACUUUAAAGCUGUAUGUAGCCGAGUUAUGGUUGCAAAUUUUGGGCUGUGGAUUUGACUCACACCACAAAGAAGCAACUGUAUGCAUCCUAGUGGCAUAUGAAAUGAAGAUCUUUCCCUGGCUGGUCACAUGGAAGUCAGUGCUUUGAAAUAUCUUCCUGAUUAUAUUUUGAGUGCACGCAGCACAAAAGACUCGUUUCCUGUUCCAUGACUGCUGAGUAGAGGAUUUAGAAGUAAACUCUAACUUAGACCCCGGGGAGGGAAAAUCCACUCUAUGAAAGUGGAGUUUUUAUUUUAUUUAGCAAACCUAUCCUUUAUUUUAAACAACUCCUGGUUGUAAAUGUAUUAGACCAAUAUAUUUAAAGUGAUCCUGCUCUUAUGCAACAAUGAUUGUUUUAGAGCUUCAUACCAAGUGGUUAAGAUGUUUUAUUUUCUUGGAAUGGAUCCUAUGCUAAACGGAUCAGAAGCUUCCCAGUAACUUGGUGCCAACCUUAUGUUGUGGAAAUUGACUAGGAUUCAAGUGGUGUCUAGGUAUUUUAAAGCACAUUGCUGUUUAAUGCAAAUUUAACUUCCACGUUUCUUAACUUUAUACUAUUAUUGAUACAUUUAGAUUAAAUAGCUUUAGGUGUUCGGGGUAAAGAAAUACCACUUGCCUUGUACCACAGGAUAUUGAGGCAUUUCUGAGAAGCUCUGAUCUUUGUCAAAAAAUCAUCUUAAAGUGCUCUUUGACUGGUGUGAUUAGACUGAUCUAAACUACUGAAAACUAUAUAAACUUAGGCAUUCAGUAGCAAAAGGGUUAUUGUCACCUGUCUUUAACCAGUGCACUCCUUUAAUUGCAGUAGUAGUUUGAGCCAUUUUAUGGAAAUGUGUGUCUUUUGAAUGUUUAACAAACCUCAGAUAGUUGACCUGAAAUCAAUAAUGAAAAUGGAGGUCAAGCCUACUGUCUUAACUGGUAGGUGUGGUAAAUAUCAAGUCCUAAAAAUUGCUCUUCAUCAGUUCAAUAUUUCCUGAUGCUGAUUAAGUCUUUCCAUUAAACCAUUGCUGUGAACAAAAA